AUGUACAAGCUGUACGAAGAAGGAAAAAUCGCUUCAAUUGAUGAUCCUUUGAGCAAAUACGCUCCUGAUUUUGCAGUCAAAAAUCCUUACACAAAUGAGAACAUAACACUGCGAGAGAUCGCUAGCCAGAUGUCGGGUUUACCUCGAGAGGCCCCUUGUAUGUAUCAUUGCAGCAAAACAAACUCCAAAGAGCAACUCGCACUAUUGACGAACCGCACACUAGUGUGGCCUCCCUGGAAAACCCCUUCAUACAGCAAUCUUGGAUAUGCGCUGUUGGGUCGGCUAUUAACAGAAAACUUACUGCCGAAUAAAACAUUCGAGAGCUGGACGAUGGAUAACAUCAUAAAACCGCUUGGAAUGGUGAACACGGGAUUUGAAAUCACAGACGAGGUGGAAAAGAACAUGGCUUACCCUUAUCUAACCGGAGGAAAGAAAAUGCCUUUUAUGAAUAUUGGUUGGAUAGCCCCGGCGGGUCAAAUUUACUCUACAAUUGACGAUCUUGCUAAGUUGGGAAUGAUGUUCGCUCAACCUGACAAGCAAAAGCUGUUCAAGCCUGCAACCCUUAAAGAAAUGAUGACACCCAAAGAUAUUACUCCAGACGGCGUCACUGUGUGGGGGUCCCCGUUUGAGAUGCUGUUCAAACAACAUGUCCUUAUUCGAGCCAAAGGCGGAAACAUCGACACGUACAGUGCUACGUUUAUUGUUAUCCCCGAGUUAGCCCUUGGAGCUAACAUUCUAAUUAGCACUGGGUACUACGGCCACGCGACAGGGACCCAGGGUGAAGUUUUGCUUUAUAACCGCCUUGUUGCGGCUUUGAACGAGACCCUGUUCGAGAUACAACGCUCGUCACAUUUUCCAAUUGAUCCAACACCCUAUCUUGGAAAAUUUAAUGUCACUGAAACCGAUCCAAUAUCAGGAAAGAAGGUGAGUUUCAUUGUCAACGUUAAGACCGUUGAAAACAUUCUACGCUUCGAUUAUCCCAAGGCAUUAAACAUGUGGCAAGAGAUACGGUACAUCGGGGAAAGUUUGGUGUUCCAAUCUAGAUAUCGUAAACCCGGGAUGUCUUGCUUAUUUGAACGUGCAGGAACUUUAAGUGCUCUUUACUAUGAACCCCUGGCAAAAGAUAAUUUGUCGCCCGGUUUUCAUAUUCCGGAACUUCUGAUUGUUGCGACGCGAUUGACAAACACAGAAGAAAGUUUCACACAGGAAUUUGAGGAUAAAAUGGAGAGAUUUACUGUGAACCAGUUCAAGAGCGCAAUUUAAAUGUAGAGGAGGCAUCCAUGCAGAGAAGUCAUUGACAAUAGAACGGACCGACUUCUCUUCACGCUAGGCUUGACCCUUUGAGCCCCAAUAUCUACAUGUCAAUUCUCAAUACUGAUCUUCAUACAUUUCCUUAACGAAUUAGUUAAGAGAGUUUGAUAACAGGUGGAAGCAUUUUCUCUUUAGUGAUCAUUUCAUUAACUCUGAUAACCAUUUGUCUUGGCAACGUAUGGAUUAACCUCCCACGCAGACGUUCUUAGGGGUUCGUCACGCGUUUCGUGGGGCAGGAACGCGUGAUGGACCCCUAAGAACGUCUGCGUGGGAGGCUACGUAUCCAUGGAUACUGCUAGGAGAAACGUGAUGUUGGUCACUAUUGGGAGUUAGAGGCUUAAAGGGGCCGGGGUUGAAACCCUCUUCCAAAGUGUUUUUUCCGCUUCUUUCCAAACGAUUUUUCUCCUUAAUAGUUGUUCAUUUAUUACUUAGGCACAUUUUGUAGCAGCUAGUUUCUGUGGCUAAAAGGUAUGGCAUCAUAAAUGUUAUGAUGUCAGUGAGCUAUUUUAUGGAAAAAUACUUGGACUCUGUAUAAGUAUUUCAGACAAAAUCGAACACGCGACGAUCGCUUUUGAUUAAACGGCGAUCUUGUAGAUUAAGCCAUUCGUAUCAAGUUUAACAACAUUAUUCGUGCUAUGAAGCAUAGAAAUCUAUCUAUGUUUGUUCUGAGGUUUUCUUUUGCUUAUGAUGUAUAGAUUUAGCCAAGGCUAAAAGCGAAGCUCUCGGUAAUAAUAUACUUGUACUUUACUUAAACAAAAAACAAAAUCGUGUAAUACUAAACGUCGACGGUAACGAGAACAGCAAAAAACAACAGGUCUAAUUAGCAAAAAAAAAAACAACAACUUUGCACGUGCAGAAGACUUUUUUGCACAUUGCUUUGUUUUCCACGACUACAACAUGAAACUUCCUACCUACACGUUUUAUGGAAAAAAAUUCCACUAUGUGUUCCCGUUCGCUUUUCGCGAAAUUUCACCCCGGCUGGACGUACGUACGUACGGACGAUUUUUGUCAGGACCAAAAUUUCUUGGAUGCAUAGAUAACCAAAUUUUCUUACCCAUGGUACCUCGAAGUGCUCACAUGCAAGAGCUCUGCUAAUACCCAAUUUUUGUUUUUGAUUUUCUCGUUUCUGCCGUCGUCGUGCAUGGCUACACAAGCACGCUAGAAGCGUUACUAUCACACAAGCCAAUUCUUGAUAUGCGACGAUUUCGUUGAGAAACCAACGACUUAAUGGAAGACGCGCGACAAAAACUGCAUGCGUGAAAUAGGUUAUUUCCCAGUUGUUCCAAGCCUCUGUUACAAAGCCAGGUUAAGUGCAAAGCCAUCAUUUUUUAUUGUCACGAAAAUAAACUCAUUUUCGCAAGGAAGGUUUGGCACUUAGCUUCGUUUUAGGAAAGACAGCUUUUGAAACCGGAAAUGGCCUAUUUGGGUUUCAAAAGCAUUGUUAUAGUAUUCAGUUCAUUCCAAGGCUUGGUUACUGGUUAGCAGGCCUGGUUACUUCAGUAUAGUAUGCAGUAAUCCAGAGCGCAAAACUAAUCAAGGACAGAUCUGAGAAUCGGACACAAUUAGAGCCGUUUAGAACGUGUUGAUAACUGUAUUGUACUAGAAAUAUUAAAACGUUGUGUUAUUAACUUUUACCUAGAAUUGCUCAGUAACUAUAGUAACUGGAAAAGGGCUAAAACGUUGUCCAGCAUGCUGAGACACCAGUAUAAUUUAGUAGUUUCACGCAAUUCUUUAUCCAUAAGAAUUGUUUUGGGCUGCUUUUAUUUGCUCAUUUUCUAUUUUGAGAAAUUCUCAACUUGAAUCUGGCGUUACCCGUAUACGUGAUGCUUAUAUAAUCUCUCUAUUACCCAACUCCAACUGCAUAAUUCUUCAGGCCAAACUUAGCUCACCCAGUAAUUGAUUAAUAUUAUACUUUUUCAAGGGGCUUCUAAUUUUGGAGCAUUUAAAUGAAACUUCAGGUGCACGACGUAUGCCCGAGGGUACUUCCUAGUAAUAUGCUCAUGGUUAUGUGCCGCUGGAUGGGGUCGCAUUUUCACGACUAGAUUGACUAUCUUCGAUAGAGUUUCUAGAUUGAGGUCAAACAUUUUCAGGAUUUUGGGAGUAAUUGGAUAUUCCCGGGUGGUAGUCAAGUUUCGAAUCCGCCGUGGCUGCUGAAUAGAAGCACUUAAGACUCAUUUAUACAGGUUAGCCUCGACCUAAGGUAAAUAUAUUCACAAUUUCCUGUCAGAAGACGGCCUGUGCAAAACUGUAAAACUCAAAUUCAGGCGUCUUCUCGCCGGUUUCUCUGAAUAUUGACGACGAACCUGUCGCAAAAUGUUUCUCUUUAAACAUUUAGUUUUAUUUUUCUGUGAGGUACACAAACGAACGCAAGUUUUUUUUUUUCAAACACUGACUCUGUGACUUAUGCAUAUUUAUAAGUUAUUUGUGCUGAAACUCGUAGCCAUGUGGUUGGCUAAGUCUAAUUUUGUGACUAUCAUGGUGCACUGUUAGGUUAUGUUAAAAAAAAAGCUUAUGACCAUCAUGAACCGUAUAACGGACACCGAUGAGUCAUGAUCUUCCUUUAAACAUAUAGGUCAUUUCUAUUUGUUUAUUUAUUUCGCAAUUAAUCCCUUAAUUCUGAUUUUGCUAAAGGCGGACACAAAAGUCACGCUCUGCGAUUUUCCCUUUUCAUCCUUACAAGAUGUCUGAUGUUCAAGAAGUUCCAUAUACGAAGUUCGGAGGCCAGAAAAAACCUUACAAUACCCUAAGAAUAUGGAGGAUAUUGACCUUUAUUUCAACCUUACUAGCACUGGCAGUUACAACGGCGUUUUUGACGCACAAGAUGGAGAAAAGCGGAGAACCCGUACCUGACAAAAGCACCAGCACAGCUGACACGCUUCCUUGCCCGCAGUUUCCCACUCUGUUUCCGUUGCCCAAAACGACACCCAAGCGAUUAACAGACGUGUUUGAAAAAUUGGAAGCAGUGUUCAGUGCGGCAGUCGAUGAAAAGUCUUCGCUACCCGCCAUUUCUGCUAAUGUUUUUUACCAAAAUCGUAUCUUAUGGAGUGGCCAUUUUGGAAGCAAGGUGUACAAAGAGCCGGAAAUGAAACCCAAUGGGAGCACUGUGUACAGGAUUGGAAGCGUGACCAAGGUGUUUGCUGUCCUCCAAAUGUACAAGCUGUACGAAGAAGGAAAAAUCGCUUCAAUUGAUGAUCCUUUGAGCAAAUACGCUCCUGAUUUUGCAAUCAAAAAUCCUUACACAAAUGAGAACAUAACACUGCGAGAGAUCGCUAGCCAGAUGUCGGGUUUACCUCGAGAGGCCCCUUGUAUGUAUCAUUGCAGCAAAACAAACUCCAAAGAGCAACUCGCACUAUUGACGAACCGCACACUAGUGUGGCCUCCCUGGAAAACCCCUUCAUACAGCAAUCUUGGAUAUGCGCUGUUGGGUCGGCUAUUAACAGAAAACUUACUGCCGAAUAAAACAUUCGAGAGCUGGACAAUGGAUAACAUCAUAAAACCGCUUGGAAUGGUGAACACGGGAUUUGAAAUCACAGACGAGGUGGAAAAAAACAUGGCUUACCCUUAUCGACCCGGAGGAAAGAAAAUGCCUUUUACGGAUUUUGGGUGGUUAGCCCCGGCGGGUCAAAUUUACUCUACAAUUGACGAUCUUGCUAAGUUGGGAAUGAUGUUCGCUCAACCUGACAAGCAAAAGCUGUUCAAGCCUGCAACCCUUAGGGAAAUGAUGACACCCAAAGAUAUUACCCCAGAUGGCGUCACUGUGUGGGGGUCCCCGUUUGAGAUGCUGUUCAAAGAACAUGUCCUUAUUCGAACCAAAGAUGGAAAAAGCGACACUUACAGUACUAAGUUUAUUGUCAUCCCUGAGUUAGCUCUUGGAGCUAACAUUCUAAUUAGCACUGGGUACUACGGCCACUCGACGGCCUCCCAGCGUGGAGUUUUGCUUUAUAACCGGCUGGUUGCGGCCUUGAACGAGACCCUGUUCGAGAUACAACGCUCGUCACAUUUUCCAAUUGAUCCAACACCCUACCUUGGAAAAUUUAAUGUCACUGAAACCGAUCCAAUAUCAGGAAAGAAGGCGAGUUUCAUUGUCAACGUUAAGACCGUUGAAAACAUUCUACGCUUCGAUUAUCCCAAGGCAUUCAACAUGUGGCAAGAGAUACGGUACAUCGGGGAAAGCUUGGUGUUCCAAUCUAGAUAUCGUACGCCCGGGAUGUCUUGCUUACUUGAACGCGUAGGAACUUUAAGUGCUCUUUACUAUGAACCCCUGGCAAAAGAUAAUUUGUCGCCAGGUUUUCAUAUUCCGGAACGUCUGAUUGUUGCGACGCGAUUGACAAACACAGAAGAAAGUUUCUCGGAGGAAUUUGAGGAUAAAAUGGAGAGAAUUACUGUGAACAGG